UACACUUUCAACUAUUAAAUUGGAACCAGAAGAGCAUGAUGGUCACUUUGUUCUGAUUUUGUAUCGCGUUGAUCCCAAAAUAUCCGGUUGAUAAUCCUAAUCAAACUGGGAACUUAAUUCUGUACUAAAACUGGGAACUUAAUUAUAGAUUUUGGGGAGGAGAGGGAGUAUAAUCUUGGCAAACACAAGUCAUUUUACAAGGCAAGUACACACCCAACCAGAUCAUGAAGCAAGUAAGAAUAAGAAUGGCUGUAUAGCACUAUAGCAUCAUAGUAAGCAAGCAUACAAUGAAGCGUUCAAUCAACAGCAGCUAUUCUGGUUCUACUUCAUUGGAUUCCAAUUGCAAACUUAUAGUACUGGCAUUAGUUUUCGCUUUUGCUGGAGCAAGUGGCACAUCGUUAAAUAUUGCAGCCGGCGGGGGAAGUCUAGGAGCAGCUGAAUAUAUCACAAACACCAGCACUCCAUCGAUUAAUAGCAAAAAUUACAGCGUGACGUACGAUAGGCGGUCUCUGAUAAUCAAUGGCCAGCGGAAGCUGCUCAUCUCUGCUUCCAUUCACUAUCCCCGCAGCGUCCCUGCCAUGUGGCCAGGAUUAGUUCAGCUGGCAAAGGAAGGAGGAGCUGAUGUUAUUGAAACUUAUGUCUUUUGGAAUGGUCAUGAACAUUCUCCGGGCAAUUAUUACUUUGGUGGAAGGUACGACCUUGUGAAAUUUUGCAAGAUCGUUCAGCAAGCUAGUAUGUAUAUGAUUCUUCGAAUUGGACCAUUCAUUGCCGCAGAGUGGAAUUUUGGUGGGAUACCUAUAUGGCUCCAUUAUGUGCCAGGGACCAUUUUUCGGACGGACAAUGAACCUUUUAAGAAGGAUCACAAAUUUAUUCAUAACCUGGAAUCCAAAUUCCAGUAUCACAUGCAGAGCUUUAUGACAUUCAUAGUAAAUCUGAUGAAGCAAGAGAGACUUUUUGCAUCUCAGGGGGGCCCUAUUAUCUUGGCGCAGGUAGAAAAUGAAUAUGGUUUCUAUGAAGCAGCUUAUGGAGAAGGAGGUAAAAGGUAUGCCUCAUGGGCAGCAAAAAUGGCUCUUUCUCAGAAAACAGGUGUCCCUUGGAUUAUGUGUGAGCAGUUUGAUGCUCCUGUUGAGGUGAUUGACACUUGCAAUUUGUUUUACUGUGAUCAAUUCACACCACUCUCUCCAACCAAACCCAAGAUAUGGACAGAAAAUUGGCCCGGAUGGUUUAAGACGUUUGGGGCAAGUGAUCCUCAUAGGCCUCCAGAAGACAUUGCUUUUUCCGUUGCCCAUUUUUUCCAAAAAGGUGGAAGUAUGCAAAACUAUUACAUGUAUCAUGGUGGGACAAACUUUGGUCGCACAUCAGGUGGUCCCUUUAUUACCACAAGCUAUGAUUAUGAAGCACCAAUUGAUGAAUAUGGUCUAGCAAGACUCCCCAAGUGGGGUCAUCUUAAAGAACUUCACAAAGCUAUAAAGUUAUGUGAGCCUGUGUUGCUGAAUAAUGACCCCAUUUUGCUCUCACUAGGUCCUUUACAAGAGGCAGAUGUCUAUGAAAAUGCAUCAGAAGGAGCUUGUGCAGCAUUCCUCGCUAAUGCAGAUGAUAAAAAUGAUAAGGUGGUAAUAUUCCGGAAUAGGCAAUACAACCUGCCAGCAUGGUCUGUCAGCAUUUUACCCGACUGCAGGAAUGUGGUGUUCAAUACAGCGCAGGUCAGGUCUCAAGCUUCUAUAAUUGAGAUGAUACCAUCAGAUUUCCAGUCGUCAUCAGCAUCAUCUGUUAGUGGCCUGAAAGGUCUUCAGUGGGAAGUGUUUGUGGAAACAUCUGGAAUUUGGGGAGAUGCUGAUUUCACAAAGAAAGAACUUGUAGACCACAUCAACACUACUAAAGAUACUACUGACUACCUCUGGUACACAACAAGUUUAUAUGUGGAUGAGGGUGAGCAGUCGCUCAUAAAUGGAACCAAUGCAAUGCUUCAAGUUGAAUCAAAGGGCCAUGUUCUGCAUGUCUUCAUCAAUAAAAUGUUACAAGCUACUGCAUAUGGAAAUGGUACAGUACCACCUUUCAAGCUGCGAAGUCCUAUUUUUCUCAAGGCAGGGAAGAAUGAAAUUUCCUUACUUAGCAUGACCAUGGGCUUACAAAAUGCUGGUGCAUUUUAUGAAUGGGUUGGCGCAGGUCUAACAAGUGUAAAAGUUGAAGGGUUCAAGAAUGGGAGUCUUGACUUGUCUUCAAAUAUUUGGACCUACAAGAUUGGAUUGGAAGGAGAGAUUCUGAGAAUAUAUCAGGGAGACGGUUUGAACAGUAAGAUGUGGGUGCCAGUUUCGGCUCCGCCUAAAGGGCAGUCUCUUACAUGGUAUAAGGUUGUCGUUAAUGCUCCCCCUGGAGCUGAACCUGUUGGACUUGACAUGAUCCAUAUGGGGAAAGGCAUGGCUUGGUUGAAUGGAGAAGAAGUUGGAAGAUAUUGGCUCAGGAAAAGCUCUGAAAAUGAUAAUUGUGUUCUUCGAUGUGACUACAGAGGCAAGUUUAACCCUCACAAGUGUAACACAGGUUGUGGAGAACCCACACAGAGAUGGUACCAUGUGCCGCGGUCAUGGUUCAAGCCAUCUGGAAACAUAUUGGUGUUCUUUGAAGAGAUAGGUGGAGACCCUUCACAAAUUACCUUCUCUCUUCGGAAAGUCUCGAGCAUCUGUGCUCAAAUCUCAGAAGAUCAUCCUUGGGUUGAUCUUGAGCAUCUGCAAGAUGGUGAAAUUGGGAACAUAGGGAAACCAACUCUUAAAUUGAAGUGCCCAAUGAAUACUCGGAUUACUGAGGUUACAUUUGCCAGCUAUGGAACUCCUUCUGGUACAUGUGGCUCCUAUGCUGAAGGAAAAUGCCACGACUCAAACUCUGUCUCGUUGGUCAACAAGGUUUGCUUGAACAAGAGUGAGUGUGGUGUAGAACUAUCUAAUAGAAAUUUUAAUGUGGGAGUGUGCCCUAAUGUGACCAAGAAACUCGCAGUUGAAAUUCAGUGCAGCUGAUGAUGCAACUGCAUACCCUACACUCAUUCAGCACAGCAUGGUGGCAUUAUAUUGCCUAUUUUAUUUGUAUUUUAAAAUCUUGUUCUUAAUAAACUAGCUUAACAAUAUAUCAGCAUUUGUCGGUGGAAUGAGUAAGGGUAUAAAUAAUCAUAUGCAGGAUAGAUUUGUUGAUGCCUCUUGGUCGGUGGAAUGGUAUCUUGUUUACAUAACAGUGAAGUAAACGGAGAAUGAUGAAUGACAUAUUAUGUUUAUACUUCCUCGUCUCUUUUUAGUUGCAACAGUCAACAUUUC